UGCAUGCAAAUCUGACGCGAGUGCUCGCAAACUCAUCAACUCUCUCUCUCUUUUUCACAUUCUCCCUCUCGCCGUCCAGAACCACUAAUUUUUAACUGAAUACAUCGGAAAGCGCGACCUACACGACCUAGUCCAUCUACCUCUGUCCAGUGUACCACCAUCCUGCAAAGUUGUCGAAGGUUUCAGUCAGAAUGUAUAGAUUUUAUCGACGCGGCAUGAUGCGUGAGGUUGGAAUUCUCCACAGGUAUGGAUGUGUCUAGCUGGUGAGUCUUUACUUGCACUUUGUUGUGUGCCAUGCUCAACGUGUCCGUUUUGCUCGCUACAACAAUCUCGCUUGUGUACAUAUACUCUAUUGGCGUUUGCUAUGCCGUGCCGCGCGCGCUGCUGCAAUGGCGGCAGGUCCCUUCUGCCACAACUCGACAAUCACAUCUUCGUGGAUACGCACACGCUUCCCUUUCUGCACAGGCGGGUGCGUGCAUCGGCACCUGCUCCGAUUUCCUUUGCCUGGACACGACCACCGCAGCUCGCAAUAGUCGUUCAUGCAAACAGCACAGCGAUCAUCUUUGGGGUUUCGUACGGUCAGCUCAGGGUUAUAUGGAUGAAAUCGUUCCAGAAGCACGGUCUGACGGAUUGGCAUUGUUGUCGACAUGGCGGGUACAGCCAUGGAGGACGGAAGAGGGGUGGGAGCACUCAGGGCACUCGAAGCGUGGUGGGAGCUCUCUUCAAUGAUUACUAGAGAUGAGCUGGGAGCAGGGAUUCCGUUGGGUUUGGAUGACACUUCGUCAAAGUCGAGCUCCGCAUUGUAUGUUGCAGGCGCUGGGAUGCCAGUAGAAGGAUUGAAGGAGUUCUUGUCGUAGAAACCUGUUCGUGCUCAGUGAUUCACAAAACAACCUUGUUCCUGUGCUCAUACCUCCGAUGGAUAGAUCGACUUCGCCGUCCCAGAUGUCCUCAUUGUUGUUCGGCGGGAAUGUGAUGGCCGCAGGGGCACCCAUUGGUUUAGUAUUCUUGAGCGCGUUGAGAAACUCUUUUCGCACGGCAAAAUUGCCUUCAAUCGCAAGUGUCGCAAGUUCCGAGGACCAAGCAAUGACGUGUUUGUGAUGAGCUUCGAGCUGAGAGGGAAUCUUGUAGUAGAGCCGUUGGUUGGAGUCCGUGGUUGCUCUAGAUUGCCCUGUAACCUGAUUAUUCCAGAACUUCGUGAACUCUUCGAAGUCCACAUUCCUCCAUCGCUCGUGAGAUGGAUACACGCGAUCACUGCCCUUUCGGAAGUCUCGAUCAUCAACAUGUCUCUUGAACAUG